GAGCUGUACACGAAUUUCAUCUGGUAAACAAAUUGCGACGAUAAAAUAAUGGUUAAAACACGGGCAGCGCCGCCCGUUGUGACCUCGGAUGCAGCGACCAGUACAAGACGCAAUCGCCUGCGCGGUAAGAAACUAUCGGACGAAGCCAUUUUGGCCGUCAUAGCGGAGCCCCAGCGCUCCCUCAAAAAAUGCAUGGUAAGAAUAAGGCGCAUUAAGCUGCCGGAGGAAUCUCCGAAUGCUGCGCAAGAUGUGGACACCAGCGCCUUUGAGCCGGCUCGCAAUUCGACGAUGUACGUUCCGCCGAAGGUACAGAUCAAAAGGAAAGACAGAGUUGCCAAGCAGAAGGCGGCAGAACAAAAAAUAUCACCCUGUCGCGUACGCUUGAGGAAUAUCAGCCCCAGGAAACCAGCGGCAGAGGUUUCCCCCAAAAAGCCAUCGCGCUUCUUCCACCGAGAUCAGCCGCCGACGAGAACGCGCUCCUCGGUGACCCGCAAUGUCUUCGAUUUCCUCUCGCAAUCCCAGAUCGAGGAUGACAACAACCGGGAGGAUCCCGCCGCGGACAUAGUUAAGCGUCUGGUCAAGGAUGGCAAGGCCUGCGUGAUGGUGCGCUCGACUUCGGGCAAAACAAGGGCCAAAACAAUAAGAAAGAAGCCACGACCUGUGGGCAGGCGGAAGAAGUGUUCGCUGAAAGACGCGGAGCCCCAAGAGCCAGUCCAGAAUGUUCCGAAGAUCAUAGAACCCCGCAUGCAGAAGCCAUCACGCGCUUUGUCUCCUAUUUACGAGCCCGAGGAGGAUUGUAGCAAUGAUUCGGAUGCAUAUGCUCCUUGCAUGGAGCCCAUUGAGGUGCCCGUUCAGGUGCACGUCGAGCCAAGUACUUCCAGGCAAGCCCACGAUGGAGCCUACAGUAAUUUGGCCCGAUCCGUGAUGCUCAAUCAGACGCAGGCGCAGAAUCCGAAAAAGCCCUCAGACAGACGUCGUGAGCUCAUCAACAUGGCGCGCCAGUUGGUUAGCACACCGCUGAAUCGCAAGGUGCCACCGGUACCAGAAGCGAACAUCACAGCCACUGCAAUAUCGCCUAUUACCCGCCAGUCUCCGGCGGCGGGAGCGGCAUCCCCUUGGCGCGUUUCCGACGAGUCGCCAAUGCCAAAUACCUUCAUGUUCGGCUUCAACACCUCCCAGCUGCCCUCGUAUUCCAGUGAUCACAUGCGGCGACGGCAUGUCUAUGUACCGGAUGUCCAGGCGGAGCGAUCCGAGGAGUCCAUUUGUCCGCCUUUGCACGAGCAAAGUCAUGACUCAAGUGCGAACGACUCGAACGAAGAGAAUCGACCGCCUGCCACUGCUAGCAAAUCGAUGACACUCGAUGACCAGGAAAACGCAGAGAAUGCCGAGAACUUUGUGCACCUACCAAAUCCACGGAGAACGCUGAAGAAGCGCACGCCCUUUAAGGACAUAAACAUUUUGGAGGUGGUGACGCUGCCGUCAUGGAAGAAGAAUGUGCCAACAACUCCCUCGAAAGAAAUCUCUUCCACUAGAGUUUCUAAUAACCAAGCGCAGAAUGCAUCACCAGCACAGCGCAGCCAAACGCGUGCGAAUCUUUUUGGCUUCGACGAGAUUUUGCCCAGUGAAGAUACAGCAGCUAGUAAAUCAACGGAAGCAAGAGAAUCUACUCAUUCAGAAGCGACCGCUUCUCCAGCGAAUGAAAUAUUGCCAUGUGAAGAUGCAUCGAGAAAAAGCCCACGAAAUCUUUUUGGAUUUGAGGAAUUCAUCACUGAAAGCGAAGUUUUGGCUCCCGCCUCCAGAGCUUCGAGUCAAAACGUGACACUGCAUGAUAAACUCCAUCGACUGGCUGAGCUGCGACCCCGUGAUGGGGAGCUACCGCAAGUGUCAACCUACUCGCUGCAGGGCGAUUGCUUGGGAGAAAGGCAAUUCAAGCACCCGGAUAUCAGAGAUGUGUUUUGCUCCACAAUGGUUGCGGAGCCCACACCACCACGAAGGCGACGAGCUGCACUGCCUGCAAGGGAAACCAUGGGAUUGUUUAGGGAUGUCCAAGUCGAUCCGGAGAAAACGUUUGACGAAAAGCAACCAAGGCGAACAUACGUGAGGGAGCGUCCACAGCGCAAGCGAAAGAAGCGAGUGCAGAUGUUGUACAUAGAGAGUGAAUCUGAGGACGAGGACGAGCAGGACUCGCACGAUAAUAACUUCAGUUCUCCGCAGAAGAAGCAACCGCAGAGUAAACGACCGCGUAGGGAUGUGGAGCACGAGGCUAAAUUGCAGGAGUACAUCACCAGUUUCAACAGGGAGUGUGAGGAAGUGGAAAAAUUCCCAGUGAUCAUCGAAUAACCAUUGCCUGUUUUUAUUUC